GCAGCAUCUUACCCACUUAAUUAUCACCAACCGAUUUCAGAAAAGAAGUGAAAUAUCUAAACCGGACAUUUCUCUGCAUCUGAAUAGUAGCAUUCAGCGUAAUAGACUUCACAAAUGGAUAGCAAACUGCUUCUUUUCCUUUGCGCUGUGAUUUACCCAGCACCUUGCGUUGCGCUAGACGAAGGAUAUUUUCUGAUGAACGGUGGUUUCAGAUUGGCCAACGGCACCUUCAGUGGCUCGCCGCCCGCGGUUUAUCACGCCAAGUCAGACACACAGUGCACGGUCCUCUGUCUAGGUUCUGCGAAGUGCAUAUCUGCCAACUAUCAUAAGGAGAGUAAUACGUGUGAAUUAAAUGACAAGACGACCCACGAUGACGCUGGGGCGGUGCCCGUUGCUGACAGUGGCUGGGUGUAUCUUAACCCAAAUCUAGGUCCACCACGGUCACCGGCCAUUUUAUUCAUAAACACCACGCAGCUUCACACCAUAACGGUCACCUGGGUGGCAGGCGAUGAUGGCGGCUUUGACCAAACUUUUACCCUAGACAUUAAAGAAGCUAGCGAUGACGACAGUAGCUACGUCACCAAACUGACCAUGGCCGAUCCAGGUCACCGCAGUAAUGUGACGUCAGUUUUAGCAAAUUUGACUAUGGGCAUUACUUACACAUUAAGGUUGACGUCAACCAAUACAAGACCCAUAGGAAUCAAUAGCACUUCUGUAACAUCUAAUUUCACUAAUGGUGGAAGGGACUGCGCAGAGCUCUAUAAGAGGGGCGAGGUAAGAAGUGGAGUUUACCAGAUUCACCCAGGGAACAGCGCAGAUCCCUUCGGCGUCUACUGUGACAUGACUACUGAUGGAGGGGGAUGGACGUUAUUCCAGAAGCGUAUGGAUGGCUCUGUCGAUUUCUACAGAGACUGGAAUGACUACAAACACGGCUUUGGAAAUCUUAGCGGGGAACACUGGCUAGGCAAUGACAAGAUACAUCUUCUCACUUCCCAAGAUAACUAUGAGCUACGCGUCGACAUGGAAGACACUGCAGGUAUUUGGGCCUACGCCCACUACAGUGACUUCAGUAUCUCAUCGGAAACGUCGAACUACCAGCUAACAGUGGGGACGUAUUCUGGAGACGCAGGGGAUGACCUUGCCCUUCACAACGGGAAACUUUUCUCGACAAAAGAUAGAGAUAAUGACAAUAGGGCAGGUGGCGGCUGUGCGCAGAUAUUCAUGGGAGCUUGGUGGUUUGAUAAUUGCCAUUACUCCAAUUUGAACGGCCUUUACCACCUGGGCAGCCAUGCUUCAUACGCUGAUGGCGUCAACUGGAAACAAUUUAGAGGGCAUUACUAUUCUCUGAAGACCACCGAGAUGAAGAUUCGCCCUUUUGACUUUUAGCGUGGUUUUGGUGCCUGUUUUACAAAAGGACCGGCUUAAUAUUCGUCUUAGAAGAAGACACAGGAUUGAAGCACUCUGGCUACUGAUAGACAAUUAGGUUUAGAGUGCCGAGGUAAAUCCCACGGAAAAAUUACACCUUAAAACGACGGUCGGUUAAAAGACAUUUAGCCUCCAAGCUUAUUACGUGUUAAGUGUACAGUGUGGCCCAUAAAAAUAGUUAACUUUCUAUCUCAAUUAAGAGUAAGUCUUUUUAUGGACCAUCCUGUGUUUCACAGCUUUUCCGUGGAAUGUUCCUACUGUUUUCUUAUAUUUAAAUUUAUGAAUGUGGAUACCGUUUCUUUGCCACAAUACGUUCAGCCAUGAGUUACGUUUCUCUGAUCAAUCAGUAUUUAAAUGCAAACAAUUGGCAGGGGGAAAAAACUAUGUCGUCAAAACUUUAUGAUUUUGGCUCCAGUAAAAUGGAACAUAGGCCCACUGUCAUUCAGUUCGUGACAACUUUAAAGUUGAAAGUCUUUUGUUGUUCAAAACCCUUUAUAAAUGUGAUUUUAAAUGCACAUUUUAAUUUAAUAUCUUAACUUCAUUUUUUUGGC